AUGCAACGCGAUCUGCUCAAAGCCAAAUUCUCCACAUUACCCCAACUUGCCGCGCUCGACGAACAAGGCAACGAACUUGGCGAAGGCGAAGAAGGAGUAGACAUCCCAGCUCGUGUGGCAGUCGAGGCUGAGCACGAUGACGACGAUGACGACGAAGAGGACGAAGAGGAGCGCGAUUACUUCCCCUCUUCCUUGCCCAUUCGAGGGAGUAUCACAUCGAAUAGGUGCGUUUUCUCGUCUCGUCGGGCCCACAAGUUGCAGAACUGAUCGAGUCGACUAGAAAGUGGACAACAGACCACGACACUUGAUCGGCAGUGGUCGCACGACCAAGGAUUAUUCACCGCUCACAGCGGAACGAUACUUCACUUCGGCUUUGGAGGUUGACGUCGAGGAAUCCAGUUCGACCUUUAGGGUUUAUUACACCCCCCUGUACCUACUGGAGCUUCGACAUCCACCCGACCGAACAACGACGACGACUUCCCAAGUGGGGGUGAGGAUACCGACGGCGCACGCACCAUCUUCGUUUGCGUUCAUGGGGCAGGUUACUCGGGGUUGGCCUUUGCUUGCUUGGCUCAGCAAGUGACGGAGAAGAGCAGAGCCAAGGUCGGGGUGUUGAGUUAUGAUGCGAGGGGUCAUGGUCAGUCUUGCAAGAUGGGGGUGAAGCAUCCCGAAACUGACCUUCUCGGAUUUGAUCUCUCUGAAUCAUGGUCGUUCCUCUGUGCUUCAGGGAAGACGAAAGCUUCGGCAGAGGACAUGUCCUUGGAACGACUGGUUCAAGACCUGAUCGAUCUACUCAAACAAAUGUUCAAAACCGCCGACUCGUCUUCACCACCCCCGAAUUUCAUCCUCGUCGGUCAUUCCAUGGUGAGCCCCCGGUUUGGUCCCAUUUCAGUGGGGCUGGUCUGAGCGUUCACCUUCAAAUGGAAAAGACAUUGAUUCUGCGGAUGAAACUCGGGAAUCGCGAGCUCACAGGGCGGCGCAGUCGUUUCGACGGCUUGUAAUCGGAUACAAGCCGAGAUCGGCACCGUCAUUGGCGUGGUCGUGAUUGACGUCGUGGAAGGUGAGACCCAAGUGACCCGCUUCUCAUCGAGCCCAGAUAUUAGAUUCGUAGAACCUGACUGGACACCUGAAUGUGCGUGCUUCAGGCACCGCCAUCGAUGCCCUCGCUUCGAUGGGGUCCAUCGUCGCCGCUCGACCGAAAGGAUUUCCUUCCAUCGAGAACGCCAUCGAGUGGCAGUGAGUCAUGCCUCCACCUUACCUCUUUCCUCCUUGGCCUGACCAAUCCCGCACCCCCUUUUCUUUGUUCACCUCAAAAAAGCGUCCGAACGAAAACGCUCAACAAUCUCGCGUCGGCACGAAUCUCGGUCCCUCCUUUACUUUACCUCGACCCUUCCGCUCAAGAUGAUGAACAACAGUCCUCACGAACCAAGUAUCUCUGGCGAGCGAAUUUAAGCUCUACAGAACCAUUUUGGCGAGGUCGGUCUCAGCUUUUCCCCCUCAAUCAGCUCCGGACAAGCACUCUUUAAGCUCACCCAACCUUUCUUCGAAAAAAAAAAAAGGCUGGUUCACGAACCUUUCCUCCAAAUUCCUCUCCUGUCGUUGCGCCAAAUUACUCCUUCUCGCAGGUGCCGAAACGCUAGAUACGGAAUUGAUGAUCGGUCAAAUGCAGGGCAAGUAUCAACUCGAGGUGAUUACGCAGAGUGGGCAUUGCGUUCAAGAGGUGAGUGAGGUUCGUUCUCGCGAGGCAGGUGGGUCAAGGGGGAGGAUUGCUGAUGAAAGGAGGGUCUCGAUUUGGAGGAAGAAAGGAUCAUCCAGGGCAAACGGCGGAUUUGUUACUUUCGUUCUGGCAAAGGAAUGAUCGGACCGAUAUCCUCAAAGGCGUCAAGAAAGUUGGCCAAGUCUGA